GUUAACCAUAUCGUCAAGGAAACGUUUCGUGACAUCGUCGUGGCGGUGACAACCGACCAUAAGCCAACGCUAACGGGCUUGUUCAAGAGAGAUGAGCUAAUGCAGUUUUCGAUCAAUUCCGGACGCACUGCUUCACAAUUCGGCAGCCUGAAUAUGAUAAAUCGAUGUUCGCUCCUUAUUGCUUUUUUGUUCUGCAUGCACCACGUCAGAUGGUUGGAAGCCAUCGGUGGCUACAAUUGGUCAUCCAUAUUUAACAAUAAUCCGUCAAAGAACUGGGUUGUCCUGGUCGCUGGUUCCAACACCUGGGAAAAUUAUCGACAUCAAGCGGAUGUUUAUCGCGCGUAUCAACUUGUGCGUAGAAACAAUGUUCCAGCGCAGAAUAUAAUCACUUUCGCCUACGACGAUAUUGCAAACAAUCCCAAAAAUCCGUUUAAAGGCAGAGUGUUCCAAGACUACCAGCACAGAGAUGUAUACAAUGGGGUGGUUAUUGACUACCGUGGAAAGGAAGUCAACCGGGAUUACUUCGUGAAGGUGUUAACAGGCGAUAAGAAACUAGAAGCCAGCAAUAAGAAAGUGCUGAAAAGCGGUCCUAAUGACAACGUGUUCAUCUUCUUCUCUGGCCAUGGUUCCACUUCCCUUAUUGCCUUCCAAGAUGAAGUACUGCAUGCCAUGGAGUUGAACGAUACCCUCGCCUACAUGCAUUCAAAAAAAAUGUUCAACAAAUUGGUGCUGUACGUGGAGGCUUGCUACUCUGGCUCUAUGUUUAAAGAUGUUCUUUCUUCAAAUAUGGGAAUCUACGUGACAACUUCAGCCAAGGAAGAUGAAGAAUCCUCGGCUAUCUAUUGUCAAGACAAGGACAUCGAUGUUUGUCUAGCGGACGAAUACUCGUAUGCCUGGCUUUUAGAUUCGGAAUACGAAGACAUAAAAACGCGUACACUGGAGGAACAAUACGAGGAGGUGAAAAGGUUAACAGUGAAGAGUCACGUGAUGGAAUACGGUGAAAUGGCGAUGGGAAUUCUCCCAGUUGGAAAAUUUCAAGGUCAUUAUAAUCUGCUGGUGCACAGGAAUGAUGGGGCCAUAGCACCGAACGCUGUAGAUAAAAAACCCUCUUGCCAGGCUAAUUUGUUUUCAAAAUCUCGACGCUUGAUGGAGGCCGCAAACGAAGAAGAACAUGAAAUCGCUUGGCAAAGGCUGCAAUCUGCACUUCAGGUUAACCAUAUCGUCAAGGAAACGUUUCGUGACAUCGUCGUGGCGGUGACAACCGACCAUAAGCCAACGCUAACGGGCUUGUCCAAGAGAGAUGAGCUAAUGUGUUUCCAGGCAGUCCCUGAGGUAGCCCAGUAUACAACUUUUUUAAUGGAGUUGUGCAAAGCCGGAUACGAGGCUGAGACCCUCAUCGACUCCGUCCACAGCGCGGAUGUUUAUCGCGCGUAUCAACUUGUGCGUAGAAACAAUGUUCCAGCGCAGAAUAUAAUCACUUUCGCCUACGACGAUAUUGCAAACAAUCCCAAGCAAUGCUUGCUGAAAGCUUUUCCUCCCAUAUCAUCGAUGCGUGAUGUGUCCAUGAAACACGCAUACAAUAUCCGAGCGUGGUUGUGCAUCUCGGAACGCUAG